CCCGAACGCAGGGAAGGUAACACGGGAUUCUCUGGUCCCGGUGAUACCAGUUGCAGAGGCUGAACAGCUGAUUGGCACGUGUUGCCUGUGCAAACGCCGAGUCGCGGAUUGAAUUUUCGAUCGCUUCGCGAAGAGAUGCGCCGUGCUCUAUGAGGAUUGACCCCGCUCGAUAAAAUAUAUAAUAACGCCGUCGAUUUUUUUUUCUGGUAUCGCCUGGGAUUUCGUGCACAGGGUCUCGGGUUCGCGAAGUGGACUUAUCGUCAACGUUAUCGCAGAGGGUCUAUAAAACGGCCUACAAGCGCGAUAGUCCGUUAGAUUGUGGACGGUUUUGAGAAGAGCAAGUUUCGCAUUAUAUUCCGAUCUCUGAAGAGGGUUGUCCUGCAUCAUACAUCAAUCUGAAAUUUUGCUUUUCUAUAUCUAAAGAUUUGCUUAUGAAUCGACUUUUGCAAUUUUUGCACAACAACAUCACGAUCAACGAAUCAAAACGGAUACUGACUAAUCUCCUAAAAGUAGUUUGAAAUGCAAAGCAACGACUAAAUCGAUUUGUGUAAUUGGAAGAUCAACGGUGAACCUCGGUAUUCGAGCGUCUGUAGACGAUCGCAAGAGACGUUCAAACAAAAAGUAUAUUCUUGAUAAAGAUGUCGCCAAACGAGGAAAGAAUACCGCCGACGAUGUGUCCCAAGACGGAGAUGGAUUGUGAUGUGACGCUGAGGAAGAAUCGAUUGGCGAACGGUGAAACGGUAAACAAUCAUGAAACGACGACCGAGAAGAACGAUGACUUGGCGGUCGAGACCGAGUAUGUGCCAAGGAUAAAGUGGCUAGAUCUCAGUGCGCAAAUCUUCAUACACGGCGGUUGUCUCUACGGAUUGUAUCUGGUGCUCACACAGGCGGUGCUCACACAGGCGAAACUGCUUACAACGUUAUGGGUGUUCGUGACGAUUUAUACAUCUGGUUUUGGUAUUACGGCUGGCGUUCACAGAUUAUGGUCGCACAAGGCGUACAAAGCGAAAUGGCCUUUGCGUCUGUUUUUAGCCUUCCUCUUCACGAUAACAGGACAGAAAGAUUUGUACACGUGGGCAUUGGAUCAUAGAGUACAUCACAAAUAUAGUGAAACCGAUGCGGAUCCUCAUGACGUAAGGAGAGGUUUCUUCUUCGCUCAUGUAGGAUGGCUUUUUAUAACACCUCAUCCCGACGUUGUCGCCAAACGUAAAGCGGUCGACGUGAGUGAUCUAGAAGCCGAUCCCAUAGUUAUGUGGCAAAGAAGGUUGUACAUACCUCUAUUUGUGCUUUUGACCAUCUUACUACCGGUGGGGAUUCCUUGUUAUUUCUGGUCGGAGUCAUUGUGGAUUUCAUUCUGGGUGAAUUUCAAUUUUCGCUUCUCUAUCAAUUUGAACAUAGCUUUCUCCGUCAACAGCGUGGCGCACAUGUGGGGACAAAAACCGUAUGAUAAGAAUAUCUCACCAGUGGAAAACAUUGCGGUAUCAAUCGCGGCGCUUGGUGAGGGAUAUCACAACUAUCAUCACGUGUUUCCAUGGGACUACAAGACCAGCGAGCUGGGCAAUUACCCAUUCAAUCUUAGCACCGGCUUCAUCGACGCUUUUGCGCGGAUUGGUUGGGCCUACGAUUUGAAGUCUGUCUCGCCAAAUAUGAUUCGUCGCAGAGCGGAUCGGUGUGGCGAUGGAAGUCACAUUUGGGGUUACGGCGAUGCCGAUAUCUCUCAAGAAGAUCAGGCAGAAUUGGAUGUAAUGGAUAGUCAGUAGUGAGACUCUUGAGAAAAACUCAAAGCGGAAAUCGUGAUCAGAUUUUCUCGGAUGAAUUGAACAAACGCUAGAAAAAGCGUCUUCUAAUACCAUAUUAAAAUACCGUAUUAGUAAUACACCGUGGACCAUGUGAGUCUUUCACAGAACUAAAAUAAUAUGGGAUUUGAGAUACCGUGUAACUUUAAGUUCCACGUAAAUUAGCUUACCAUUGGGAAAUGUUUCAAACGUAAUGGUAAAAUUGAAGAGGUAUUUCAAUCAAAAGUUAGUUAAUAAAAGUGAAGUUGGCUCUCGAUUAUAAUCAUCGGUAAUAAAUAAAUAGUUUUAUUUAUGAUAACCAUGAAUUAUUCGUAAACCGUAGAAUUAAGAUAUAUGCAUGAUAUUGGUUGUUUAUUUAUUUUAUAUUUAGGGGAUUUAUUUGUUGCAAAAAGAAAAUAAAUUUCAUCUGGUAACAUAUGUACAAUGGCAAAGAUGUAAUUGACUAAUUAAAACUUCACAUAAUCGAGGGUUUAUUGUAUGGUACACACACGAGAAGCUAUUGUUUAAUUUAAUGCAAUACGUGUUAUUACGUUUCUGAUAAUACGUACAUAGUUGUUAUUUGUUACAGUUAUAUAAGUACAUUAUUGAAAAUUUCCCGUUAAAAGUAUCCGAUUAAAACUACUAGAAAGCACUCUAUUAUUCGAUUAGUAAGAUUAAAUUGUAUUUUUGUAUCUGCAUUUUUUAGUAAAACACAAUUACUUUAAAAUAGGUAUGUAUUGUAUUGUAUCGGUUGUAUUAUAUGUUUUGCUGAAAAAUUCAAAUUUACAAUUUAAUUGUAAAUUUGAAUUUUUCAGCAAAACAUAUAAUACAACCGAUGGAAAAUUCAAAAACAUCAUUCAAUUAAACUCUAUAAAGUUCAAUUAUUAUAUUAUACAAUCGAUUUGAAGCUAUUAUGUUUUACUGGAAAAUAUAGGUUCAAAAACACAAUUCAAUCUUACAAUUAGACCGAAUAGAGCUGUCUAGUAAUUUAAGCCAGACAUUUUCGACAGCGUUCUAUUUUAUUAACGCAAAAUACAAUAAAUGAGAAAAUUGGUUCGUUCUAUGAUAAAAUUGUGUAUAAAUACUUUAUAAUACUUUUCUUUCAAUCUUUAGUUAGGAAACAGCAUUCGAAAUUUGUUUUGGACAAUUAAAAAGAGAUGAAAAUAAAAUCACCGCAUGCUAUCAAGGUAAUUUUUUCAACAAAUCUUUCUUAUAUCGUAGCUUUUAUACAAUAAUAAAAUUUUAAUUUAUAUUCUAUUAAAACUUGAAAUACGGGUCACAUGAUAAACCUGAUGUAAGUUGUUUUUAAUAUGAAUUAUAUUUAAGAUAAAAUUACUUUAUACACUAAUAAUGUAUACUUUUUGUAUUUGUACGGUUACGCUUAAUUCCACGCUUUAUACUUUGGUAUCUAGAAAUGUUACAUUGACCAGUUAGCUUAAACAGAUUAUAAAUGAUAAUACUUAUGGUGCCUUUUAUAAGAUACUUUUUCCAACAUAGUUCCUAUAUUGUUCACAAGCGUAUCUUAUUGUUAUAUACAAAUGUAUCCUAAAUUAUGUGUUAAAUAUUAUAUGUUUAAUAUUUAAUACUGUAUAUUAAAAUAACAAAAUAAUAUAUGGAAAUUUUCUGUGCAACUUGUAAAAAAUUAUCCAAUAAAAUCUUAUUUAAUCUUA